GGCAGCCCCGGGCGACAUCGGUUGGCGCCCUGGGUCGCUGCUGGAAGCCGUGGACGAUGUCUCUAGAUGGCAAGUGCUACACACUGUCCGGAUUUUCAGCUGAAAUUGACCGCAAGCCUCUGCACUUCAUAGAACCCAUUCCCCCAGCUAGAAUAUGCAGUGCAUGCGGAAAUGUGGCAAACACGACUGGAAUUCUUCCCUGCGCGCAUUUUAUGUGCAAGGCUUGCUACCAGCAGUGCGCUGUUCCGGGCGGGCACAUGUGUCCACUGGACGAUGAGCGAUGUACAGAAGAUGACGUCGACUGGAAGGACUUUCCUGCUGAGAAUGUGAUGAAGAGACAGGUGAAAUGCUGGAACGAAGCCAAUGGCUGCGACACCGUGCUCCCUCUUGGAAAACUGACCCAGCACUUUCUUUUUGAUUGCAAGCAUCAUGCAUCUGACUGCCCAAAGUGUUCGGCAAGAGUCCUCAGUAGUGACGUCUGUGCACAUCUCCGAUCACACUGCCGAGCACUACUUUUGUCAGCGUCUCGUGAGAGUCAAACGAAGAAAGAAUUUCCAGGUGGCAUCGACUGUUUGGAAGCAUUUGUGCGAGAAGUAAGAACAGCCGUGAGGAGCGCGUGCGAGAGCCAGGUCACCGCAUUCCUGGCUAUGCUAGAUGACAGGGUCGGUGAAAUGCGAGUUGGACUCGAGCAACUGUUUGAAGAACAUAGCUCACAGACCGAUCGACUGAAUGCGCUUUCUCACGAUAUAAACACUUUGAGGGAAACGUUUACCGACGGCCUCCAAGAGGCAUCGAAUCGAAGCGUUUCUGAUAAAGCCGACCAGGUUCGCCUAAACAAGCCAGAGACGCAAAAUAUUCGGGAAGCCUCCCACGAAAUGCCUGCACUUCUGCGACACAUGGGUAAAUCGGCGAGAACUAACGAGUGGAUUUUGAACGGAUACGCUGAACUGAUAAGAACUGCAAGCAGGCAGGCCAAGGUUGAAUGCUGGAGCGAACGUGUCUACCUGUGCGGACUUUGCAUAUCACCGGGAGUGGUACUUGAGAAAGAGGACGGCUACGUGGUUCUGCAUUUCCGCCUGUGUCUGGAAGAAAUUGAGAUCAGCAAGUGCCACAAUUGGCCAUUCGAGCAGAAAAUCAAACUGAGUAUCAUUGACCCGAGUGUUGGUGCCGAACGCCACCUUUCGGUGCAGCCUGUUUGGUACCCUGGCACACAGCCCGCCGACAGAGUCGACGCGGUUGGGCGUACAGAAAGCAGGUUUUACAAUACGGACCUGCACGAUGCCGGCUUUGUUAGGAACGAUCAGCUGCUCUUGCGGCUUGAGGUGCUUGUGUGAACUUCAGUGUACACCAUUCAUAUGCAAUGGCACCAUUUGGCAACAAAAAUCCAUAACAAUAGUACACAUCCUUAAGCCACCUGCCUCGAAGUCCACAGUGACUUGCCGUGUCAACUGUCAAGGGGUCCAUAUUGCCCUUGUAUUAGAACGUGACCUUUCACAGAACGGUUUUAUUUCCUUCAAAACCUGUUUUCCUUCUUGUUUCGAGGUUGUUCGGUAAUGUUGAUACAGCUGAUAAAAGUAAGCGGUUGAGAAUAAUAACAAGCUGACGAAAAGUGUGUAUCGGUUGAUAGGGCUUCACUGAUGAAGCCGUUUUCAAGCCUAAUUAAAACCGUUCACAAUGACUGUCUUCUGUACGGUAAUAAAGUAUCAGUAAAGGAUAA